AUGCGGGUUGUCUGGCGUCGGAGGUUGGCGGCCUUGGGCCCCGUCGGCAUCGUGGGGGUCAUGAUAGCCUGGUGGUGGCUCGUGGACCGCUGGCAUGCAAAGGACCCAGACGCCAUCUUUGACGGCAUCUUAGAACAGCCUCGAGCACUCCAUGACGCCUGGGCCGCCAAGGAGGAGGAGGAGGGAGGCGGCGAUCCCGAUGCGUGGCAAGGGGGAAACCUGAGUGAAACGCUCGCUUUCGAGAUUGAUUACAAAGUGCCAGGCAUGGCGGCGCGCGAUCAAAUUACCAUCAAGCCUCUCAUUGACACAAGUCAGCCAAAUGCCAGCACCAAACGCUUUCAGAGCCACGAACGUUGCGCCGCCCGCGAGGGCAUGAUCAAGCGGUUUGUCUACAUCAAAACUCACAAGACGGGAUCCUCCACGCUGGCCAACAUUUUUCAUCGCUUUACCCACAAACAUGAUCUGGCAGCUGCACUGCCCCGCGAUGACCUGUUCUACUCCUGGCCAAAUUUGAAUGCGUCGCGAAUCAUCAAUACCGUUUGGGAUCAGCAUCGCCAUCCGAGGAAGUCUUACGAUGUGCUCUGCUCAGCGCACGUCCGGUAUUCGCGCCCGGCGCUGGAUGCGCUCGUACCAGACGCGCCAUAUAUCACCGUUUUACGUGACCCCGUGAGCCAUGUCAAGUCAUCUUGGACUUAUUGGGCCGUGCCUGCUCACAUUCGCGCUCGCACAAAACGAGACGUUAGCCUGGAGGAGUUUAUGCAAAAGCUAGACUGGGACAUUGCCAAUAAGGGUGACCGCAAUCUCCUCGAGAACAGCCAGUGCUUUGACCUCGGCCUCGGCACCCAGCCCUCACCAGACGAGAUUGCAAAUUUGAUUGCAGACAUGGAAAAAACAUUCUUCGUCCUGGUUACCAACUACAUGGAUGAGAGCCUCGUCCUUUUGCGGAAGGAAUGGUGUUGGGACCUUGAGGACGUGCUGUACAUCUCUCUCAAGCAACGCAGCUCGCGCUCUCGGAAGCCUCCCCCAACCCAGUUGGAUGAGCAAAUUCUUGCCAUGAACUACUGCGACCGCCAGCUAUUUGAGCACUUCAACGCCUCGCUCUGGCGACGGAUUGCGCUGUACGACGACUUUGCUGAAGAACUUGCCGAGUUUCGACAUCAAAUGCGCUCGCUUUCUUCAACUUGUGAGCCGCUGGUCGCCAACGACGAACACACACAUCGUCGCUACCUCGAGGUGCAGAGUAACAUGCCUGAGAUUGAGCGCCAGUGUCGCUACACCCUCAUGGACUCGAUGGCCUUUAGUCGCCACCUCAAACACCUGGCCGGGGCCCCACCCUCCGUGACGCAGUGCCAUACCCAGUUCCUACCGCGCCAAUCCCUGCUUCUUUUCCGCAUCCCGGGGAACCCCGACGAGCAUCUCAUGCGCCUCAUUCACGCUUAUGGUUACCGACGACACCUGGCCCCGGCCAUUCCAUCCCAGAUUGCCGAGCGCUUCCGUACCGUCACCGAUCGUGGUAAACACCGCGUGCCCUUCAACUUUGGAGCCACAGAUCCUCUGUGGAAAGACUUUCGUCCUCCCGCGUUUGCUGCCCCUCCCGUCAUUGAUAUGGUCCUGCUUAUGGAGCCCGUGGAGCGCUUCGUCCGCCUCUUUCAUGAGUAUCGAGUGCCCGAGUUGUUGAGCAAGGCUGCCCGUGUGCGCGGUGAAGCCUCGCCAAUGAGCGUGACUCUUGCUCAGUUUGUCUCCCGCUUUGACGAGCUCGUUCUUCAAUUGCCCAACCACGUGCAGCGGGCCCUCGACAACGGGCAAGCACGCGCUCUCGGCCUGGAUGCCCAUCUGACAAGUGUCGACGCCAUCACACCCGCCAUAUUUCGGCGACUACCUCAGCUGGGCGCGCUUCUGGUAGCUGAGCGCUAUCUUGAGUCCCUCGUCCACCUGCGACGACAGGCUUGUCUGCGGCUGUCGGACUUGGCGCAGCUAGCUGACCCAGCCUUGCUCUCGAGACCGGGAUCAACCUUGACCAACAUCGUCGGCACUCCUACCGAACUCGAUGCAUCCCUCCGCAAGGCCAUUACCAAGCUUUUAUGGGCAGAUGUCGUCCUUGUCAAAGCUGGUGGCGAAAUUUUGAGCAUGACGACGCGACGCGCGCCUCAAGCGUGGCGGGAGGUGGCGGAGCUUGAAAACUAUUUGGGCGCUGCUCAAGCACGGUGCCGGCCAUAUCGGGACUUGCCAUUGGACAAGCAAUUGCAAGGCGUGCUCUAUCGUCCGGGCGAGUAUCUGUCUCAUCUCACGGGGCCGCCUACCAAGUCAGUGCCACUUCGAGUCGACUAUUUGCAAACCUCCCGUCCAUAG